AUGUCCCACAAAAUAACAUCAACUGUGAUGGACAAUGGCUCUAAUUUUGUCAAGGCCUUCAAAAAGUACCAGCCAAUUUCUCUGGUUGAGCUGAACACCAUCUUCUCCAAGUUUGGGUUGACCGCCAUGACAGAGCGGGAACAUCAGUUCAUCAGGGAGUACUGCACUGCCAUGAGGCCACUUACAGUGGACCUGGACAUUCUUCAGGGAGAAGACAACACUUUUUAUGGGAUACUGCUACCCACACUGGAGACAUUAAUGUUUAUGACCCUGGAGUUGAGCAGUGACCUGCAAAUUCUUGAAAAUCUUCCAGAGGCAGUCGUCACAAAAACAAGAUUUUCAGAGGUAUUGGAAAGUGAAGAUGCUCUCUUGGCUGCUGUGACUCUGCCCAAGUUCAAACUACAUUGCCUGCGGACACAGGAAAGGAAAGACAAGGCCAAGCUCGUCUUCUCUCCAAAGAGGAACAGACUCUCUGAUGAGAAAUAUGAGAAGCUCCUUGUUUUGAGAUACUACCACUGGUGUGGACAAGAAAAUGGAGAAAACCGAGAAAAUGCAGUGUCAAAGGUGUGCGCCUUCUUUGACGUCGCACUGUGGGCCAAUAACAACCAUGGGCUGCAGGGAAUAGAGUCCAGAAACAUAGUUCAGGGGGCCGACCCCGGUCCCGACAGUACAGGAGCCAAGGGGAAAGCAUUUCAGGGGGCCGACCGUGCGGACGGCAACAGCAGCAACGUGGAAACAGUUCUGGGGGCCGACCGUGCGGGCGGCGACGGGGAAACAGUUGUGGGGGCCGACGACGACGGCGAUGACGUCCAGCUGGUGGCCCAGAAAGUGCGGGGUGCAGAACGUGGCAUCUUCUUGGACGGGGACAGCAGCAGCUUCUUGAACGUCCUCUAUCUGCUGCAGGUUGAAGGCUCAGUCAUCAGUGGAAACCUGGGAAGCAUAACUCUCCCUGCAUCUAGUGACAUGAGAGGAGCUGCUCAUUCGCUGGUGGGCGACCCCCGCUGGUUGGCGACCCCGCUGGUUUUUGCUGAAGUGGCGGGCCUCCGAAAUCACUUCAUAACUGGAUUUAUCAGAGAUGAGCUGACUAGAUGGAUCAACGUAGCGGACUGCAUGUCGGAUGAGACAUGGCUGGACCCUUCCAUCCCUGACGUGGCCAUUGUCCCCGAGGAACUCUCCAUUGACCACCAGGACAGAACAAAGGACUCUGGUAAAUGUAGGGGAGGUGGCAUGUGCACAAUGACCUACAAACGGUGGUGCACUGAUGGAGUUUACGGGGGUAUUCUGUACUGCUGUUUAUAUCCCAACCCCCACGCUGAAACCACACAGGCACUGGACGAACUGUUUGAUAUUAUCAACCAGCAGGAAACGUUACACUUGGAGACUGCUUUUAUCAUUGCUGGCGACUUGAAGAAAGUUCUGCCGAAGUUUUACCAGCACUUAAACUUUCCAACGCGUGGUGAGAACAUCUUAGACUAUGUUUAUUCUCCAUACGCACGUGCCUACAAAGCCCGCCCCGACCUGCCUUUGGAAAAUCAGAUCACUCCCCGGUUCUGCUGCUGCCAGCCUAUAGGCAGAAGCUGA